AUGUUCCAGGCAGAUUUUGAGAAGCCGAAACUCGAAUUCAUCUGUAACCACGAUGCCAUCCUUCGCCUCAAAAUCAAGAAAGGCCUUUAUCGUCUUGAUUAUAAUAAAGCAACUAAUAUGUCCUAUUCCGAGAAGGACCGAUUGCAGGUUUUAACCAAUGUAGAACUAGCCUUCCGUGUCGGAUUCGAAACCCGCGAGCUGCGCGGCAAAGAUACGAAGAUCGGUAACGGCCAGAACCUCAUCCAGCUGGUCGUCUUUGACCUUUUGAAAUCCCAUAUGAUAUCGGUGGAGCCCGCAGUGAUUAUCGGUCGAGACGCUUUCGUCUACUACAUGACCCAGUACCUCUCUUUCUUGCACCAAGCUGGAAACCACGUUCUUUUUUCUCUUCCCGAUUUCGACGACGACCGUUACCGUCUGACGGUUGACUUCUCAAUCGAGGGGUCUCCAGCCUUCGAUAUCCAGGAAAUCCAUGGCAUCAACGUGCAAAAGAUCAACACCUACCUCUCGUCCGUCUGGUUGAAGGCCGCCAUGCUCCUCGGUGGUACGGACGCAAUAGAGUCAGAAACAGACUGGAAAUCAACGAUACUUGCUCAGUACCGGAGCUCUUGGGCUUUACAUGGCGAUACAGAUUCGCACUUCCAUAUUCGCCUUGGAGCUCCACGCAUCCAGCCAAUCUGUUCGCGAGAGGCUAUUCUCUAUUUUACCAUCGAUGAAGUUGCCUUUUACGAGACAAGCAACUUUGAUCUUGAACCGCUUCAUCACUACUCUAACUGGGAAGUUGCAAUUCUCGUCGAUAUUGUCCACGAGAAGCUAUCCGAUGGAAGCGUUACUCGCUGUGCGCUCGACCUCACAACGGCUCGCGCGUAUCAUCGUUUCUGCACCUUCCCUGGGCUCGAUCACGCGAACGAGGUUAUGACGUCCCACUGUACGCGUCUCCUCGAGUUUUUCACCGCAAGCUAUCUCGAUAUUCUGGAGAGCGUUGACUUCCACGUCAUCUACCACUUUGAUGCCCGCUGGCAGAUCUGGGACACUGUCGACGUUUGUGGAAGCAACGACAGCGACAGCGACACUGGCGAUGGAAUCGAAAGCUGGAAACUGACUGUUGGCGACCACACUACCAAGCAUGCCUCUUGGGUCGAGAGAGUCACACGCUGUGCUACCUCCGGCUUCGACCAUGUCUCUGCAAUCUCUCAGUCAUCGAUAAACGCAUUAUUCAAUACUCUCUGGACCCUUGGCUCUACGGCGAAGAUUACAGAUCAUACAUCGGCCGUGGCGAAGUGGAAAUACGAGAAGUUCUUCUCAGCCACGUUCAAGCCUAUGACUAUUCGCCUACUCAGCAACGGACGUGCGAUUGUCUGGAUUCACGUGGAGCGGGGUCACUUGAAAACGUUGCGCAACUGGCUGCCUUGGAUUGAGAGCGUAGACCACAAAUUUGAGGAUUGGCAUCUCGCCUUCGAGGUGAAACUUGGGAAGUGCACUCAUGCGGAACUGGACGUAUCCCAAAAGUGGUUGACCAAGUUCGCGGAAACAGCGGUGUUCAAAGAACACGGAAGUCAUCACGAUCGUCACCUUGAACACUUAUACCUUGACUUCAAGCAUGCCGAAUUUCUGCACGAGUUCUCCAGCUUUGACACCUUAUUUCAUGGGACCGAUCACCGUCCCAUUGACCAAGUUCAAGCAGCAGUCCACUAUCUAAAAAGCCACUACCUCCCACAUCUUGGGCACUGGGGUCUCAACAUUAUCCACACCGUCCCCAUCUGGACCUCUAAGUCCGAUACUCCUUCUUGUGCAUUGACAAGCAUCGCCUUCCACGUCUAUGCUAAGGAUGCCAUUACGCGACACAACUGGGCACACAUCUCUGCCACACUUGAGCCGGUGAUCGUGUUGCUGGGGAUGACGCGGCAUCGUCCCUUGCCUUGCACCCGCCUCGAAUACUCUGCGAAUUGGGUCAUCCGGCUGACGAAAGGGAUUUCAUACAGCACCGUUUGCAUCUCGCGCGCGGCAUUCCUGGAGCGUCGUCUGCUCCAUUUGCUCUCUCAUGUCAAUGCUGUUACAACUGUGGUACCCAAGUUUUAUGGCAUCCACAAUGGAGUCUGGAAGCUAGACCUCACAACAUGGGCCAAGCACGAGUGGAAAAAUUCGGACGAGUGCAGGUGGUCGCUUGUUGAUGACCAGCAUGGUAAAAUGAAGUACAGAUGGCAGCAUCGUGAUGCGUGGAAGUAUGAGCAUGAGGGCACUGGUGAUGUUGCCGAUGGCACAUACUCAAUUAUCUGCCUCACACGCAACUUUGUUGAGAUUCCUACGGCAUCGCGGCACAAAUCCCUCGAUAUUAAAUUGUGGGGAGAAGUUGAGAUCGAAACAAACUUCGUCUCCGGCUCUCAUCGAGGAAGUGCCAAGUCUUCUGCCACCUGGGAUGCGACGUUGUGUAUUCAGUCGGAUAUUGACGGCCUCAAGGUCAAGGUCAUCGGUUCAACAUCACCCAAGUUCCAAAAGACUGUCUAUACAGGCGACAAGACCUCUGCCAUGUUCGGCGACCUCGAAGUCAGCCUUCGGAAACAGCUCCCGCACACAGUUGACCUGAGCAAGGUCCUGCACGAGCUCCGAGCGUUCGAAGGCAUAUGGAAGUAUGGAUAUGCCGGGACGCAAACUUAUCAUCUCGCGAAUCCCGUCUUCACCACCCACGGUGACAUCAUGUUCGAAUUGCGUCCUCACGUUCAUCAGACGGGCACCAGCGGCGGCUCGCUUCGCCCCUCCGGUCCACAUGGUCUCCGAAGCCCAAAGUCUAGCUCUAGCCUCCGUUCAAACUCGUCCUUUUUCGGGAAGGUGAAGGAGAUUGUUAACUCAGCCCUGCAUGACGUGGCCGAUGAUCAACACCAUGACCAUCAUGCACAGAAUGGCUAUGACGUUUUCACCAAUGGCCAUACGAUGCACAACGGUGGCAUGCAUACAAUGCAAACUCUAUCACUCGAUGUCGAUGAGAAACAAACAAUCGUCGUUGAGGAGACCCAGGAGAUAGAGGGAGAUCAACCGUCCUUUCUGGUGCCUGAAGUGGUCGUGGCGUAG